ACUAGUUUCCAUUGGCACAGACAAAGGCUCCGAGGGCUGGCGGAGGAUGCCGAGCUGGGGGUGCGGGCUCCAUCAGGCCGGAAUAUGUAUAUUUCUAAUGUUUGGCAGAUAGCAUAUAUUAAAUAGCAUAUCGCCAUGCAACUGUUGUGACAUAUUGAUGAAGCCGAGAGUGGAUUGCGAGAGAACGCAGGCGCCACGCGGCGAUUGAUAGAGUAUGUGGGGGUCUGGUUUCGCCUCGUCCCGACCGUGUGUGGUUGAACUCGGGCGGAAUCACAGCCUGCCCUUGGGGAUAUGUGGCUCCGACGAGCCUCACUCUCUAUAUGGCUAUAUCGUCGCAAUCCCUUUACAACAGGACUACGGUGGGACCAUGUCGGGAUUGGGGUCGGAUUCCUGGUGGAAGAAAACCAUCUAUAUCACCGGCGGUGCCCUCCUCGCUGCUGCUGCCUACCUAUUACACGAGCUGCUCGCCAUCAGGAAGGAGCAGGAGUUGGACUCUAAAGAUGCCAUCAUCCUCCACCAGUUCUCCAGGCCAAACACGGGGGUCCCCAGCCUCUCACCAUUCUGCCUCAAGAUGGAGACCUACCUACGCAUGGUGGACCUGCCCUACCAGAACUACUUUGAUGGGAAGCUCUCUCCGCAGGGCAAGAUGCCAUGGAUUGAGUAUAACUGGCAGCAGGUGUCGGGGUCAGAGUUCAUCAUUGACUUCCUGGAAGAGAAGCUGGGCGUCAACCUCAACAAGAACCUCAGUCCCCAGGAGAGAGCCGUGUCCCGGGCUGUCACCAAGAUGGUGGAGGAACACCUCUACUGGACAAUAGCCUAUUGCCAGUGGGUAGACAACCUGGAGGAGACCCAGAAGAUGCUGCCAGUCACUGGUCCUCUCAGUGACAUGCUAAAGUGGAUCCUCGGCCACCUGAACAGCAGCAUGGUGCAAAGGGAGAUGUACGGCCAUGGCAUCGGACGCUUCUCCAAGGAGGAAGUCUACAAGCUGAUGGAGAAGGACAUGCGCACGCUGGCCGAACUGCUCGGAGAUAAGAAGUACUUCAUGGGGCCUAAGAUGUCGACAGUAGAUGCUGCUGUGUUUGGUCACCUGGCCCAGGCUAUGUGGACACUACCCGGCACACGUCCUGAACAACUCAUCAAAGGCGAGCUCAUCAACCUGGCCAUGUUCUGUGAGCGCAUGCGGAGAAAGUUCUGGCCUGAGUGGUUCGUGGACAUAGAGGAUGUGUACUAUGACGGAGCAGACACUGACAGCAGCGAGGGCUCUUCCACAGGCCUGAUGGACUUUGGCCUGUUCUCCCGGACAGACACCAUGGAGGAGAGCGAAGCCUCUGACAAACACACACACUCACACACUCACUCCCCCGAUACGGACCACUCGCUGUUCGACUCGGACGUGGGCACGGGCUCGGACAAUGGGCCGCAGCUUAAGUGUGACCCUCCUAGUCCUGACCCUCCUAAUCCUGCCCCUUCCAGUCCCAAACCUCCCAACCCUUGACCCAUCCUUACCAAGGCAGGUGGGGUGGGUUUGGCUGAGGCAGUCAGACAGCCGGGAACUUCAAACUAGUCAGGGUGCUGCUAUCUGGCUUGGCAUCAUAGAGCUGCGGAACAGAGAGGCACAGUUCUCGCUUCUCCUGCUGCCCCUCCCUCUCGUCCAGAGAUCUGUGCCCACACAUGGUGGCGCAGUUAUAUUCCAUGAUGACUGAAAACUAUAUCCUAACAAUGUAAUAUCAGUGCGCUCCGACAAAACCGUGUAUUUGUAUGCAGAGCGUAUAAAUCGAAUCCCGUGUUACAUGUGUUACAAUGUGAUUUCCUCACCCCGAGUGAUUGUGACAUUGCCAAUAUGGCACUAUCACAGACAUUGCCUUAUUUGUGUCAGUUGUCCAAGGCUACAGGCUAGUGUAAAACGUCAUGAGGGAGAUUGUUGGUUGAACCAGUGAGUGGAGUGUCUGUCCAUGGAAUACAGGCAACAUGGCUGUUUCUUUAGAAAUGUAACUAGUGAAAGAGAGACGACGAUGAUGAUGGCAGCAGAAACAUGAAAACACUAGAGAGAACUGAGGUCAGUCAUUUUGACACAUUGUAAAGAGUGAUAUAUAAAGAAUCUUUGACUUGGGUGGCAGCUCUAGUCUGUGUCUUACUAACGGUGGGCUAUUCUACCAGUAGUCCUAUGGUUUGUGGCUUGCUGCUGAGCAUCAGCCAUAAUCACUGGCCUUUCCAUCAACUCUGUGUCUAACUUCACUCUAGUAAAGGAGAUUGGGAUACGCAAAAGGAACUGGAGAUGGAACAUUCUUGUCGGAGUAGAGCCGACUCUUGUAUCUCACCACUAGAGAGUGCUGUAUCUAUUCAUCCUGCUGUCUAUUUAGCUCUAUGGUCUCGAGUCCUGUCAGUUUCUGCCACUUGGAAUGUUAAAGGCCCAAAUGAAGUCAAAACGUGAUAUUCCUGUGUUUUAUAUACAUUUCCACACUAUGAGUUUGGAAUGAUAUUGUGUAAAUGAUGAUAAUGCCCUUUUAGUGUAAGCGCUGUUUGAAAAGACAGCGCUUUUCAGUCUGUUUUGGUGGGAUGGAGUUUUGGCCUGGGUAAUAAAAACAGCUGCAUUGUUUAAUGAAAUAAUAACAAUAAUACAAUGCAUUCGUUUUCACUUCAGUAUUAACACCAUACGAAUACAGAAAGCUGCUGAAACAGAAUGGAAAGGCCCGUUUGUAGCAAGUAGUGUUAUCCCUUUACGUGUGUGUGUGUGUGUGUGUGUGUGUGUGUGUGUGUGUGUGUGUGUGUGUGUGUGUGUGUGUGUGUGUGUGUGUGUGUGUGUGUG